AUGCACCAACUCAAUGCGAUGAUGACUAAAAAGCAAGCUGAUUGGAUGACAGCGAUACUAUGUAAGCGGACCGAUUUCAUGUCUCAGUAUGCUUAACAUAGUUCCUAGGAGCAUAUAACUUCCUGGUAUGACUUUUGUAACUCAAUAAACUUGCAACUAGAGGUAAAAAGUUUAACGUUCAUAUCAAUCUAUGAAUGGCUUAAUCAGUUUGGGCUCAACUCUGAAAUCAGAUUAAUCAUCGAGACUAAAAUGUGUCUGCUUGUGGUGGGAAACUUUUUAUUCCAAUUGUUGCUAGUGCGCUCUGAUGAAAUUUUGAAAGCAGCUUAACUAAAACAGACAUUCACAUCCAUUUUCAUCUACCUGUCGAUAGAGCGAUUCAAUUCGGAAAAGUCGGACCAAUUUCUGAUUUGUUGUGAUUUACUUGUUGGCACUUACCAACAACUACAACUGAUUUUAGAAAAAAUAGUUUUCUACGUAGCAAGGAGACGGAUAUCUUACACCCUAUCCCUAAAAAAAGUCGAGACUUUUCUCUUUUUUCUUUCUUGUUGCAAUAUCUCAAAUAAAUUGAUUCAAUUAGGAUAUUAAUGCCUUCAACUCUUGAGCUUUUCUCUCUGAUUUACGGUCACCGUUUGUGAUAUUUUUGAGCUCUGUGCAAAUGUAUUGAAUUUGGUGCAACGGAAAAUCAAAUUUAAAUGUUAUAGUGUGGUUUUAACAAAGUGUGUAGCGAGCGAAAAGUAAAAUGUAAUGCGAAAUAAAACCAUUGUACCUCCAUUUCACUAUUUGAGUUCCUUAUGAGAGAUUUUGAAUCCAAUUUCAUCGGCCUUUCCUCUCCAGAUUACUAAGGCUCUAAAACGAAAUGAAAUGUUAGAAACUUCAACUCAGCUUUCUUCGCAAAGAGAUCAAUUAAAUUCUCCAAAAAUGAAUGCAAAUUCUCUAGACAAACUUCAGAUAACAGCUUAAAAUAUUACCUUAUAAUUUCAUUUUGCUUAAGUGGCGCAAUUUCACUACAACAGCCAAAAAGUCGCUUUUUUCUCAACUCAACUAAAGAAGUUUCACUUUGUUGGUAUGCGCGAGUAAAUUCAGUCGUAAUCAGAUUUGAAAAUUUUGUGAUUAGCGACCGUUACAAUCCAACAAGUAUUCUUGCUCGCGCGCACAUCUCAUGAUCGAAUAUGCCCCUCUAAAACCGGGAUUUUCCGAGGAUAUGCUCUGAGUGACAUUCGCCAAUUUUCAAAGGUAUAACUACGACGAUAAAAGAGUUCGUUGAAAAUUUUAUUACAGAUAUAAGAGCAUUUAGCUAUUUUUAAAAAUGAAGGGACAAAUUUGUCUGUUCAUACCGUGGUACCAGAGCAUGCCGUGCAUAUUUUCGCGCCUAAUGGUAGCUAUUGUUCAUUUAAUGCCCGAGCAAAACCCCACUUGCAAUUGUGGAUUCAGUUUCGGGCUAAACCAGCUGAACUAUCGUUUCUCGGCUCAAGAUAACCAUUUGCAUCGAACGAAAUACAUCUGCAGUGGUUUGGAGUGAAUGAGUCGUUUUUUGAGGAGAAAGCUGAAUUUCAAGUUUCCAAUCAUUCGCUUCCUUUUAAGAACGUUAGAUAUCCGGAGAGAAAAAGUCGAUGAGAUCGGGAAACAAUGAAGUGGGUAACUCUGAGUGAAGUAAAUUAAAUUAUUGCGCGCAAAAUUCUUGGCUGCGACCUAGGCUUCUGGCAUAUCUUUACUAAGUAAUAGUAUUGUUAUGUUACGACAUCAUGACGACACAAUUGUUUACCGUGAGUAACCAUAACAACUUCUCAGACAGAAAUCAUUUGCAAUUUCGAGUUAAACGUGUAUAUCUUGGAGGGGAAAACAUGAGUACUUCGUGGAUAAACUACGUGUAUAAACAGUUCACUGGGGAAGAAGACAAUGAACGCGCAACCAACUCAUUGGAUGUCCUUUCUAAAGCCAAUAUCUGGUUCACAGAUCUUCCAACAAAUAACUUAGGUCCGAUUGAGGAAUCAUUCGGGGCGCGCAAGAUGACUAAAAAGGUAGGUGCCUAACUUACACUUCUUUUCUUUUAAUACAUUAUUUGAAGACUGUUUAGAGAUGAGGAGACUGAUGGGACAAUAUGUCAAUCAGUUUUUAAGUUUAGGACUUUGCCUUUUUCUUUCUUUCUCUCUUUAUUUUGUACUCUAUCUUGAGAUGAAUCAAGCGCGCGGAAAUGCUCUUCAACUACGACGCACCGAUUUCGUUUUCUUUUGAACAACGUUAUUGAAGGAAAAAGUUGAAAAAAUUUCUCCCAUCUAUAACAAGUAAACAAAACAGGCUCUAAAGGUUAGUUUGGCGAUCAUUUUGUUAUGAAGAGUAUUUAACCAUUUAAGAAGUCAGACUAAAUUAUAGCUGAUUUUGCAACACACCCAAUCUUUGUUCUUUGAAAACUCAAAUUUCAAUUAUUGUGUGUUAUGCACCUUUGCGGAGUUCUCAUGGUCGGCGUGCUUUAAAACGUCCUGGCUCGAUAUGUUAUGUUAUAAUAUUAUAUGUUACAAUGUUUUGUAUAUAAAACGUCAAAUGUGCUUAAUCUUAUUGAACUAGAGUAAGAAGGAUAAAGAAUUGGAGGAAAAGAUGGCAGUCCUUGAACAACAAUACCAAGGUAAGAUAUCUUUUUUUUCCAACUUUAAUCCAAGCUGGUGGUCGAUGCAGACCAACGCAAUAGUGAGUGGGCGAAGAAAACGCUGGAAACAGCAGAGAUUGUUCCUCAUAUUUCUUAGCGCAACUCUCGCCGUUUUUGGACAACUCCCCCCCCCCCACGCCUUUUUGCCUCCACUGUCUGAGAACUCAUUAAAGGUAAUUGCUCUCAACAAAGAGAAUAAUCAUCCAAUAUGCAGGCCUUUGUCGGUUUUUGUCGUCAAAUCCGCAAUAAAAUAAAGUGAUGAAGGUGUAUAACUAUCGAUUAUUUGAAAGCUUAGUCACUUGCGGACUGAAACACAUCAAGGUAUUCGUGAAUGAUAUGCUGGUUACAUUGAAACAACUGAUCUGUCAUUAAAUAAGACUGACCGAGUCACCGACUGACCGACUGACCAAGUGACUGACUGAGUAACUGCCUGACUGACCGAGUCACUGCUUGACUGACUGACCAAGUGACUGACUGAGUAACUGAAUUACUCACCGAGUGACUGACCGAUCGACUGACUGACCAAGUGACUGAGUAAAUGAAUGACUGACCGAGUGACUGACCGAUCGUCUGACUGACUGACUGACUGACCAACCAAUAUAUGGUUUGACUUAUCGACCGGAUGACUGAAGAAAGGACCACGUUUAUUGACUGUCUGUUUGUUUGUCUGUCUGUCUGUCUUUCUGUCUGUCUGUCUAUUCAGCCGUGAUCCCCGAUUGGUAUGACGUGUGAGACGUCAGAGCUUAGUCAGUUGACUAUUGGCUCAUUGCUUAUACUGACCAUCUAACUUUCUAAAGCAUAUCAGAGCACCAUUCCCUGAAUUCGGUUAGACAAGACAGACAAUCAUACUUUCAGAGGAUAUUUGAGACAAUGUGGUUAUUUACCACUGAGCCAAGCUUUUAUAACUACUUUAGAGAGAGAGAAAGAACUGCUGAAAAGGAACUCUGCCUUGGAAAAUCAACUGAAAGAAUCACAUGAAAAAAUGGACGAUCUACGCAUUCAGCAUAAAAAGGAAAACGAGUCUCUCCAGACUGAAAUUCAAGACUUGAAGGACACUCUACUUAGGAGAGAAAAGUGUCAUACAAGACAAAAAGAUAUUUUCAAAAAGAUGGCAGCUAAUGCCCAGAGGGAACUGGACAAAGCUCGGGCGGUCAUUUCAAAUCUCUCUGAAGGGAUGAAGGCCUGUGAAGGUAAGUCUUAUGCAUAAGGUAAACUAUUCAUUCAUUUUUUUCUCAGUACAAAACUGAUCAUAAAACGUGCUUAUGAACUAAAUAUUGUUGCCUUCAAUCAAAAGUUUUGUAGAUAAGCACAGAUAAGCAAAAAAAAAAACGUUACAAAUGACUAAACAACAACCCGUAAAAAGAUAUUUAAUACUUAAAAAAAAAAAAACACGAGGUUAAAACUUCCUCCACAUAAUAUGUAGUAAUUUGCAACGUACGAUAUCGGACAAAAUGUUUGGGACACAGUCGGUUCCACCCCUCCCUGAUCUUCCCACAAACAAUUAGGAGCCAACUGAUUCCUCAGUCGGUUCUAAAUUGUUUGUGGGAAGAUCGGUGACCCACACGUUGGCUUUAGAAAGGACAUCCAAUUAACUGAAUGCUCGUUCACUUCUUGUACAAGCACAUUACAGGCGAAGAAGACAACUUGUCCUCUUCUCCAGUAAUCUGUUUGUACCAGAAGUUUAGAACUCCACCUGACGUUUAUGAUAUCCAAAAACUACUCAUGUUUACACCCGUAGCUAUAAUCGUUUCAUUCGAAAUCGCAAAUCUUUCCAGUCUGAGCAGUUAUUAUAGUUGCGCGCGGUAAACAGAUGGCGUAGUCACGGUGUCGUAACAUGAUUAUUUAAUCACAUCAUGAAGACAAGCGAGAAACCUGGCUGGCAGCCAUGAAGUUUUCAUCCCAGAAUUCAAUUUGCUUGACUUAAACUUAACCUAAGCAAAAUCAUGUUUUAAAAGCAUCAUUCUUGAAAGUCAUCUCUGAGUUAAAUUAUUUACAUUUUAAAUAAAAUGAUCAAAACGGUGGCGAACACCCAGCACUCCUUGGACAAUCCUUGUCCAAGGAAUGAAGCUGUUUGCGUCUAUUUUGUGAACGUUAACAUUUGGAAGAUUGUUGGAGAAUGUGCAAAGAAGAAGAGGAAGCGAAGGAGUCAAUAAAAUGGAAAUAUAGAAAUGCAAUUGAUCUCUGAUGACCUAAGCCUUUACAAUCGCCAGAAACUCAGAUAAAGAAUUAUUAAAAAUGAUGAACUCUUCCUUGCGUGGUCAACUUAAGAAGAUUCCAUUGAGCUGGAAGAGAAAAUAAAAAGUGAUUAAACAUACUGAAGAAAUCUUCAUUGGACGUCAAAUCUUUCUCUGUUGGACUUGGCUUUCAUUAGGGGGAGAUGUGGUUUAUUUUUGGCAAAAGGAAUUAAUCAAAUAUACGAUUUUAUGAAAACUUGAAGGAUGUGGCUGAAAGCAAUCUGAGAUAUUUCAACGUGAGCGAAGUUUGUAUUUUCUCUGAGGAGCUUUUAAAUUCUGUGCCUGACUACUAGUAAUAAUUAAAUGUCUUGCUUACUGAAUGGCAUCGUAAUAUUCCCGUAUUUUUGUUCAUUUCAGCGACUCUUUUUGCAUCAAAGGAGACAAUCAGUGAGAAAGAUCAAAAAAUUAAACAGCUUACAUCUCAGCUAAACAGAUAUGAAGAUCUGAUAAGAAACUUAACGAUUGAUAUGCGGAAUUAUCACAAGAGCCUGCAGAAAGCUGCAAACGAUGUUGACAAAAUGAGUGAAAGACUGGAGGUUUCUCUAGGUAUGUGUAACAUAGCGGGUUAAUACUUGGCAACACAAAAUUAAGCAAAACACGAUUUUUAACAAAGGUAGCUGGUAAUUUAUUUUAUUGCGUCCAUCGAAAGAAAAAAAAAAAAAAAAAAAAAAAAAAAAAAAAAAAAAGAAGAAAAUCCAGACAAACAGAAUUGUUAACCAAGAAAUGGAAGAAACCGUUUUCUCCAUGUUAACUAUUUGGUCCUCAUGGCGGUGGCUGAUGCCGAAGAAAAAAAUAUAAGAAUUGUCAGGUGACAAUCUAUAUCGUUUUUUAUCAGUUGAAAAAGCGUUUUCUGUUCUUUAUGUUUGAUUUAUUAGUUUUAUUGCCAUUUUCAGCCGUUAAGAAGAAAUUGUUGAGGAAAAACAGAUGCCUCGAGGAAAAAGUUGUCAUUAUGGAAGAAACAAUGACAAAUGCCGAAGCAAAAGUAAAAGAAUUGUCAGGUGACUUUUUUUUUUCGUUUUUUAGUACUUCCUGAAGUAAUUUAAACUAUCUGUUUUAAUGACAUUUUUCACCAGAUAAGUCCGAAUUAUUAACGAAGAACGCUUGCCUUGAGGACCAAAUUGCUGAAAUGGAAGAGACCGUUUCUUCCAUGUUAACAGUUUUGUCCUCAAGGAGGUGGCUAAUACCGAAGCAAACAUGGACGAAUUGCUCGGCAACAAUUUAUUUCACUCUUUACUACUCGAAAGAGUGUCUUCUGUUCUUGAAGUUUGAAUGAUUUAUUUUCUUUCUCUUUGCAGAAGUCAACUCUAAGUUGGUUGAGAAGAUCAGUUUCCUUCAGGAUGAGGACAAAAAGAUGCAGUUUGAUCUUCAAGAAAGAAGAAACAAGGAGAGGCUAAACGACAAAAUGGGUAUGAUGAACCAUUUAAAGGAAGAUCUGAAAACAAAACGUACUGAUGUGACAGUAGAAAUACUAGGUUCGUGAAGCGAUCUUAUGAAUAGAUAAACUUAGCAUAACUUCAUUAAUGAGACAUGAGAUAUUUUCCGCGUGCGAUUGGCAUAACGCGACCGAGUUAAAGUGAUGAAUAUCUAUUGAUAUUACAAGGGGGUGGUACAAAAUUUUAAGAGAACGUCCAGUGCAAUGAAGGUCGUUCUAUAAUUGUUGAUUCAAUCAGAACGUUUUUGUCCUUGACACUAAUAAGGGGAUGAGCUUAUUUGUUGACAAAAUUGCUUUAAAAUUUCAAUCCCCGUUUUAUAAAGUGAGUUGUUGGUAAACCCUUUGUGUCGUGCAUUUCAAAAAUAUAUUGAAGAAUAAUAAACGAGAAAGUCUUUAUUAGGCUUAAAAAUAUGAAGGUUUAUUUUUCCUUUCAAAUAUCUAAAACUCACAGUCUUCCUCAAAAUUUGCUUGUAGCCUGAAUAUUUGCCCUUUGUAAUGGAUGAUACUUUACAUACUUUAAUUAUACAAAAUAGUAGUAAUCCAUCAAGCCGAAAAAAUUUGGAUGUACGACCGUACGACCGUACAGCCUUACGACCUUACGGCCGUAGAAGGUGCUAAUUUUAACAUGCGUGGUCAACUGUACCGCGGGCACGUCAACGCCACGGCUUUGUUCAGUAGUCCAGUGGUCGAUCCGGGUUUUAGUCCAGGCCGAGGCAAGGCGUUGUGCCCCUGAGACGUGCGGGAAAAAAAUGCCAGCUUCGCUUUUAGGCUUGGCUAAAUCUAUAUAUUUUAAUUCAUAAGAGGUACGCGUGGAACAGACUCCGAUGAACAUAUAGGCAUAUUCGAUGUUGGAAGGGAAGUUGUUGCAUACGAUGUCUGUCAAAACUUAAAGAAGGGGUUUGUGUCGGAAGUAUGUCCAAGUUUUAAUGCGUUCAAUUUUUUUUUUCUUUAGCCGGUGUCUACGACGGCCUGCAACCUACAGAGCUCAAUGUGAAAAGCGGGGACUGUUUUCUCCCAGAACAGAAAAGUACUGUGCUUAUAAAAGAGACAGAAACGCCUAAAGGCGAUGAAGCAAAUAUAAAGAAGACAGUAAAAGGUGUUGAUAAUUUAACAUUUUGUUGUAAUUGUAGUAACUUGUACUUUAGUUAUUACGUAAGAUAUUAUUGACGCCUCUUAUCUCUUGUGGGGAGAGGAGGAGGGAGUGGGAUGAGAAUGUUUUCAGCAUAGACUAGCCAAGUAUUUAUCGAGUAAAAAUGUUACAGAAUUAUUUCAUUUCUCGUCAUUUCAGUUAAAGAGAACAGCGAGCCUCGCCCGUCAAUGUUAUCAUCUGCAGCCAGAGUCUCAACGAGUGGAACUUUAGUGCAGGACACCUGUCUGAGAAAAAGGCAUAGAAGUGAUCAAAGCAAGGGAUUCAGUUACGACAGCAAAACAGCUGAUCCGUUGUCCAUGCCUACCGCAGGUAAGAGCAGUGAAACACAUUACCAAAAAAUAAACGAAGAAACAAAGCAAAUGGGAAACGGGUUUUGUAAAAAUCUACUAAUCUCAUUGGGGUCUCUUUCAGACAAAGGUGGCCCCAUCAGGCACCAUCAAUCACCCCUCCCUCCCAUAUUUGCACGACUAUCUACAUCUGAAGUAGGCCGAGCUAAAAAGGAUGACGACUGGCUGGUUAGGAAACAAGGAAACUUUCUACCUUUCUCCCCAAAGGGUAAGUGA